UCUCUGCGCCUGUGCGAAAUACUAGUCAGCAAGGCGGGGCUAGAGUGGGCUGGACGUGAGGGACUUGAAGGGGCAGGGUUCGAAGUCCGGAAGGUUUAAAUCGUUGAAGGAGAGGUCGCGAAGGCCCAACUCUCAAGAGGAAGUCCUCUGCUGAACUCAGACAUUAAAAUCCUAACCACCAGAGCUAAUUUGGAUCAUAAACCACCAAAUGAAUGGGAGCGUCUGUGGUCUUGGCAAGUAUAGAAACAUAUAGGUGAGUAGCACAUCUGGAAAGGGGAAUUUGUCAUUAGCUGAGCUAGAAGAAGUAUUUAGCUGUAUCUGAAACCUCUCCUGUGAUGCCACCCCUCAUUAUAAAAGGAAGUGCAAAAUGGAAUAAACUGAUUUUAAGUAAAUAUGAACUGUCUUUAUAUGCCAGAAUAGCUCCAUGCUUUCAACUGAUUUCAGAAGCCUGCACCAUGCACCUUAGGUAAAUUAGCUGAAACUGGACUUUAAAUUUUUAGUCACGUGCUAUACCCCGAUGAGUUAUAAACAUUGUUUAUAGUUGUUAGUCACUGUUGCUUGAUGGCCUCAGUGACUGUUAUCUUAAUUCAUAAUUGACUAUGCAGGUAGUGUAGCUUCAAAAAGCCAUUUCUAGGGGCUUCCCUGGUGGCGCAGUGGUUGCGAAUCUGCCUGCCAAUGCAGGGGACACGGGUUCGAGCCCUGGCCUGGGAAGAUCCCACAUGCCGCGGAGCAACUGGGCCUGUGAGUCACAACUACUGAGCCUGCGCGUCUGGAGCCUGUGCUCCGCAACAAGAGAGGCCACGACAGUGAGAGGCCCGCGCACCGCGAUGAAGAGUGGCCCCCGCUCGCUGCAACUAGAGAAAGCCCUCGCACAGAAACGAAGACCCAACACAGCCAAGAAUAAAUAAAUAAAAACCAUUUCUAAAACACUACUCUUAUUGAAUAUUUGAAAUUUUGUCAGUAUAACCCAGACCUCAACUUCUUGUCUAUUUCAGUUAGUAUUUGUGUCAAAUGUGAGCACCUACCCAUUAGAUGUAAGUAGAUAAACAAUUCUUAUAUAAACUACUAAACGUUGAUCAAGUUUAUGAUUAAGUCACAAACUGUAGAUGAAGAAUUUAAUGACAAGGCAUUGGUUCCCACAGACAAAUAUUAAUGAGUUAAAUAGAAUCGAAUACUUUUCAAAAGUAUUUUCAAUCAGUACUUGGAAUCGAAUGUGUUCUCACAAUAUUCGUUUCUACUGCUAAAAAUAAAUUAUAGUCUGACUGUGAAGAAUCACUUCUCUUUUUUAAGAUAAUGUUCGUUGGGAGUAAAAAAAAAACCAAAUAUUUAGAAACAAACCCAUUUACCAAAAAUGUCUAAAAAGAAGAAAGGAAGUAACAUGUGUUGGGUGCCUCCCACAUGCAAUUCAGAUGUGGGGCUAGAUGUUUUACACAUUAUCCCUGUUUAUGCUUGCAAGAACACACCCCAGAGAAGCAUCAUUGGCCCCAUUUUACAGACUGAGAAGCUCAAGUCAAGAAAGUUAAAGUUCAUUAAAUCACACCCAGAAAGUAUCUGGCUCAGAGUAGGAUCUAUAGUCUGAUCUAAAGGGAGUGAGUCUUUUUAACUUUUGCCUUUUAGCUUACUUAUGAGGAUAAUUCACUAAAACAUCAAGCUAUGAAGAAAAACUCCAAGAGGAACCACAGUUCAAGGGUUUCUGACCUAGAAUUGAGCUCUGCGGAUGCUGAGAAGGAAAUAAAAGAGCGUCAGAAUAACUUUGUUGAACUGCUGCCUCCAGAAGUUACUUUUAAAAUUUUCAGUCAGCUGGACAUCUGGAGUUUGUGCAGGGCUUCAGUGACGUGCAGGAGCUGGAAUCACACAAUAAGACACAGCGAUGCCUUGUGGAAACCUCAUUGCCUGACUGUGAGAGCUGUAUGCCAAAGAGAGAUAGAUGAUGAUCUAGAGAGUGGUUAUCCCUGGAGGGUAAUACUACUGAGGAAUUACCAGAAGAGUAAAGUGAAACAUGAAUGGCUAAGUGGCAGAUAUAGCAACAUAUGUUCUCCUAUCAGCCUACCAGAAAAAAUCAUGUACCCAAUGGAUGCAGACACAUGGGGGGAAAUUCUAGAAGCAGAACUGGAAAGAUAAGCAGAAAAAUCACACACAGAUCUCCUAACUUUGAGAGUUUAAAACUAAAGUGACUCUUAGUUUAUAAAAGGUAUAUCUUUAGCCGUCCAUUUUUUUGUUUGCCUUUUUACUAUUUAACAUUUAAAAGAAAACUAAGUAGAACAUAUUAUAAAAAUAUAGCUUUGAUUUUAUUUUGCACUUCAGUUAAAAAUACGUUUCUGGUUUUAUUGUAAUGUGGAAAAAUCAUGAAAUGCUAUUUAUGUAAAAAAACUAUACUGAUAGAGUGAUUUCAAAAUGUAUUGUUUCAUGUAUUUGUGUUACUCUGUUGCAGUACUUUAAUGAUAAGAGAGUUUGAUUGGUAUUUUCUGCUUAAUGAUAAUUUGAAAAUUCAGGAAACCAUUUGAAGAAAUUGACUUAGAGAUUUUUUUUUUUUUUUUGCGAUACGCGGGCCUCUCACUGUUGUGGCCUCUCCCGUUGCGGGAGAGCGUUGCGCAGGCUCAGCGGCCAUGGCUCACGGGCCCAGCCACUCCGCGGCAUGUGGGAUCUUCCCGGACCAGGGCACGAACCCGUGUCCUCUGCAACGGCAGGUAGACUCUCAACCACUGUGCCACCAGGGAAGCCCUAGAGAUUUAUUAAUUAGUAGACAUAACUAGACUCAUGGGGAGACUCCCUAAAUGAAAUUAAUAGCAAUAUGUUUAAAUAUAUAAUAAAUUUGUAUUUCAAUAACUUUAAAAUUUCCAUUUCAGUGGAAUCAGAUUGAAUUGUCAAACACUGAAACCAUUUUGUGUUAAACUUGUGGUUUAAUUUAAAAUGAACCUGACCAGAGGGCUAAAGCUUGUGAGAUUAAGACUCCCGUUACUUGCCUACAAACCUAGAAUUGCUCUCAGGGACUGAAAAUAUAUGGAAAGUUUUCAGCACACAUAAAGGCCAUCAGAACCUCCACACUAUUUUUCUUGGUGAAACUUACCUUCUUUUUGACAGCCUUAUAGCACCAUCUAGUGUACUCCUUGUAGAUAACCAAGACAAAGGACCGGCUCCUUUCUGUUUUCUCCACACUGAAGAGAAAGAAAAAUAUUAUUUUCGAGAAACCUGUAUACUUUGUUGAAGUUUAGAGCUUUAUAGGAGUCUUUAACUUUUAUUCUCUUUUUCUUAAAAGUAGAUGAUAUAAUAUUCACUAUUCCAGAUUCUUCAUUCUGAAUCUGUGAUCAGCACCAUAGGUAAAGUGUCUACAAAACCUUUAGUUAGCAUGGGAUUUUCUUCUUAAAUGUUGCUCUAUAGCAUGAAAAAAUGAGUCCAGGAAAUCGUUAUUCCACGAAUAGGCAAAUAUCAGGAAGGUGCCCCACUCUAUACAAAUUCCCUUUGUUGGAUCAAGUAGAUGAUGAUUGAUUGUCUCCUACUGUCUUCUUGGGGUUGGAAGGGGCCUUGAAGAUCAGGCAGUCCAGUCCCUAGGACUAUUCAGUCAUCCCUGCUAUAGGAAUGUUCUUCUUCUCACCCACCAUUACUUCUUUUCUUGGCAAAUUCUUUUGUAAAAUAUGUCAUCCCAACCUGGAAACCAUCUCAAACUUCUACCAUUCUGGAUUAAGUGACCCUCUUAAGGUUCCCCUAGUUCUUUGCACAUACCGUUCUCAAAGCUGCAUACUACAUUAAAUUGUCUGUUUUAUCUGUCUAUCUCCCCUUUUAGGCUGUGAGCUUCUUUUUUUUUUUUUUUUUUUGCGGUACGCGGGCCUCUCACUGUUGUGGCCUCUCCCGUUGUGGAGCACAGGCUCCGGACGCACAGGCUCAGCAGCCAUGGCUCCCGGGCCCAGCCGCUCCGUGGCAUGUGGGAUCUUCCCAGACCGGGGCACGAACCCGUGUCCCCUGCAUCGGCAGGCGGACUCUCAACCACUGUGCCACCAGGGAAGCCCAAGGCUGUGAGCUUCUUAAUAGCAGGGUCCAUUUAUUUAUUUUUGUGUUCCCAAACCUGGAACAUAGUUCCAUAAAGAUUUGUUAAAUUAUUUCUA